GAUCCUCGCGCCGCGCGCGCCGUGACUUAACGCAGUUUUCGCGCAUCCGCGUAGCAUCCGCGUUCAACGUGGUUAUGUUUCGCGACGAGGUCCUAGACCUCGGUGGCCGUGAUCAUAUUUUUUUCCCUCCCAAUCCGCAUCGAGAGUAUUCGAGAGUCAUCGACGUCGCUCCUGUUUCUGCUUGUCGCGAGUUAAGUCCGCUCCCUCCCUUCUGCCGUCUCUCACGCUCUUUCUCUCUCUCUCCCCCCGCUGAGCUAUUUUCGUGUCUUCGGUCUUCGGGGCGCCGAGCACUGGCGAGCACCCGGGAACGGUGAAAUAUGUGUGCACGUAUACGCGCGACUCGAUAACACUCGGCCGCGAAAUAUGUCAGCGGGCACCACGGAUCCGAGCGAGACUGUCACGAGCGCGGAACACCCUCACGAUGGCUACCUCGUCGACGAGGUCGAUCGCAUCGACCUGUCGGACCUGCAGCUCGACGACGACGACGACGACGACGACGACGUUUGGUUGCACAUGCCUUUACAACACCGAGCCGAACCUGCAAUCCAGGAUCUAUAUGCCUGGUUGAAGACAGAACCGGAAUUGGAUGUUCAAAAUAACAGAAAAUGCAUUGACACUAGAACAUUCACGAGACCUAAGAAACGAUCGGCUAGAAUGAGCUUUGAAUCGAUUUUUGAAGGACUACCGCCUUCUACGACGGAUAAAGAGAAGCUACAGGAUGUUACGCACAUAGAAAAUGUGGGAAAAUCAUGCGCGCAAAUAAAGCAGAUCUGA